AUGUUGCCCAUAAGCGUCAUGGCUGUAGAAAUGGACCCCUCUAAAUCGCCCGGUGCAAAAUUCGAUAGCGACAUCAAUGAAGCUACUGACGAAUAUGAAGACAUGUCAGGAUAUCGAGUAAAAAGCGACCUUGAAUCACCUUGUCUGAAAAUGCCACCUCAAAGAAAUAAGGAGGCCAACGACAAGCCUCUGGCUAUAUCAGAGUUCCAAAUGAGUGGAGAAAGGGUACACCAUGGAAAUACGUAUUCGCCACCCCCGUCUAUGAAAGUAGCAAGAAGCAAUAGUCUGUUGGGCCAGGGGAAGCGAAAUAGUUUAUUUCAAAGAACUCUAAGCAACCUUGAACUUAGAACAAACACCACCGAAAGCGAAGAGAACGUUUACGACGAUCUGAAUUUUAAUUAUCUCAAUGUAGAAAAACUUAAAAGCAGAUCAUUGUCAUCAGUGCCAAGAAGGAAAAGUGACUCGAGUACAGAACAACUGUCGAAACAGAAAUUAAAUAAUUUACUGCAGGUACAAGCUCAAAGCUUGCAAGGUGACGACGUUCAAGGAAAAGUAGAAACAGUUUCAUUACAAAUUCAUAGGAAGUCCCUGGUUUACAACGAACCUUCAAGGAAGAUGAACACGUUCGGGAGGAAAGGAACAACAGGCGGGGAAACUGAAAGUGUUCGCUCUGACGUCAAUGCACUUGAUUCUAUUCUUGAGGACCAGUCAUAUUCUUCGAAUCCUUCACUGUCAUCAAGGUUAGAGGCAAAAAACUCGCCUUUCUAUGGCUCUGAAGAAAUGAAUCUUGAAACAGAGCCAAAAGUCCUACCAGCGUUUCGUGUCCCAAGAAGAUCAAGCGCUGACGUACUUCCUCCUCUUCCUAAACUACAGGAGCCUUGCCCAGUCCCAAGAGAGAUAAAGGGAAAACUCAGUCUGACUGCCAGUAAAGUCCAAGUAUUGCCAGUUAACAGCAAAGAAAUAAAGGAAAAUCUUCCACAACCAUCCCCAAGACGUGACAAAGUUACAAUUCAGAAUCGAAACCAAAAAAACCAAUUGCCAUCCAGCGCUGGAAUUGAAAAAGAUACCUGCGUAAAUGAAGGCAUUUUACCAGUUUGUCAGAGUCAAGAUGAUACACCUCCGCCAAUCCCUUCAAGAAACAAACAAAGAGAUGGUAUUUCUUCUCCCGUGAGCUCCCCGACGCCAGACGUUGACGCUCCAAGCAGUAGAGUUGGUCAACCUGUCCCACCCUCCAGGGAGAAGUCCCGUUCAUUCCAUGGCAUAGAACAAGGGAAUCCAACGAUGGUAUCAAGCCCAGAUGGGAAAGCCCCAUCGGGGUCUCUAUCCCCUGUGGCAAAGCCUCGUUCAGUUUCUGCCUCCUUUCUUGAAAAAGGGAACGAAAAAGAAGCCUCGGCAACUUCUCAGCAACUUCAAGGGGCACAAACAAGGCACGUGUCUGGAGAAAACCCACAAAUACCUGUCUCGGAAAAAGCGGAGUCCAAGUUUACCAUACCAGAAGAUUUGAGCUCUCUAAGAGUAACUGAGGUUUUGCAAUGCCUUCGGAAAUUGAACAUGCAUCACUUUGAAGGGAUCUUCAAGGAACGACAAGUCGAUGGCAGCAUGCUAGUAUGUUUGGAUGAAGAGGCUCUGGAAUCAUUUGGAAUGGAUCGGUUCUAUCGUUUGAAGCUCUUGCGCUUUAUUGCUGGAUGGAGGCCACAGCUUUAG